CACACCAGAGAGAUACCAGCUUCUGAAUAUCAGCCUCUGCUGUCAGUGAAUCUGUGCUCCCAGCAUGAUGUGGAAAACCACAGCGCUUGUAGUGUGUCUGCUGCUGGCUGGAGUUGAGGCAUUGAACAGCCCCUCGUAUGGAGUGAAAUUAUGCGGCCGGGAGUUCAUCCGCGCUGUCAUCUUCACCUGUGGAGGUUCUCGGUGGAAACGCUCCUUAACAAACACAGAUGAAAUACUGGACUUAUUCAACUCAGAUGACAAUAAUGCUGCAGAGAGCUGGAUGCUGCAUACUGGUUCCUCAUCCUCUCAGCAUACCUCUGACCCUAAAGCUCUGUCGGUGGCACCAAGUGAACAAGAAGGCAUUGAGUUCAGCAGACCUGUACGCUCACUCAUUUCACAGGAAGUGCUUGAAGCGUUGCGUACCGUUGACAGGAAGGGACGAGAUGUAGUGGUGGGACUGUCCAAUGCCUGCUGCAAGUGGGGUUGCAGCAAAGGAGAGAUCAGCUCCCUUUGUUGAGACUAAUCUACCUAAUGGAGCGAAUGAGAGAGAGAACUUGUGUAUGUGCUUUCUCUGUGUAAAAGUUUACUUUCUGUUCAUUUAUUGUGCUUAAGGCACGCAAAUUAUUUUAUUGCAUUAAAACUCCCAUGUUUUAGUUUAUUUAAAUACUGAUUUUAUUAUGUUUUGUAGUUUGAAUUCAUUUCACUGUAUUCUGCUUUUAAU